GGGCAUUAAGGAUCAAGCCUGAGGGGCUUGGAGAGCACAGAAGAAAAAAAAAAAUGAAAGUGACAGCAAGCUGGAUUCUGUCUUACUGAGGGGAGAAGACAGCCUGGAUUUCAAAGUGAAGUGGUUUGCAACAGUUACCUGGCUCUUGGCCUCCAUCCAGGUGGAUCAAGUUGAGACCUGAAAAGAGAUCUUGAAUCCUGUGUCAGUGGAAAGACCCAAGAAUGCCAGUCAAGAAGAAAGAUACUGACCGAGCUUUAUCAUUACUGGAAGAAUACUGCAAAAAAUUAAGGAAACCAGAGGAGCAGCAGUUGAAAAACGCUGUUAAAAAGGUGAUGGGUAUCUUUAAGAGCAACUUAUUCCAAGCUUUGCUAGAUAUUCAAGAAUUUUAUGAGAUGACAUUGCUAAAUUCUCAAAAAAGUUGUGAGCAGAAGGUAGAAGAAGCCAAUCAAGUUGCACAGAAAUGGGAGAAGACAUCACUUCUUGCUCCAUGCCAUGAUAACCUUCAAGAGUCUGUAGAGCUUACAUGUUGCAGUGGACCAAAGGAAAAUGCUUCAUGUACUGAGCAAAAUAAAGACAAUCAGUGUUUUGAAAAUGAACCUGACAAAAAGACAAGUCAAAACCAAGGCAAGUGCCCAGCCCAGAAUUGUUCAGUGGAAGCCCCUGCUUGGAUGCCUGUUCACCACUGUACUAAGUAUCGCUAUCAAGAUGAGGACGCUCCACAUGAUCAUUCCUUACCUCGACUGACCCACGAAGUGAGAGGCCCUGAACUCGUGCAUGUAUCGGAAAAGAACCUGUCUCAAAUAGAAAAUGUCCAUGGAUACGUCUUGCAGUCUCACAUCUCUCCUCUGAAGGCCAGCCCUGCUCCUAUAAUUGUCAACACAGAUACUUUGGACACGAUUCCUUAUGUCAAUGGGACAGAAAUUGAAUAUGAGUUUGAAGAAAUUACACUGGAGAGGGGGAAUUCUGGCCUGGGAUUCAGUAUUGCUGGAGGGACAGAUAAUCCCCACAUUGGAGAUGACCCUGGCAUAUUUAUUACGAAGAUUAUACCUGGAGGUGCUGCAGCAGAGGAUGGCAGACUCAGGGUCAAUGAUUGUAUCUUACGGGUGAACGAGGUGGAUGUGUCAGAGGUUUCCCACAGUAAAGCAGUGGAAGCGCUCAAAGAGGCAGGGUCUAUCGUUCGGCUGUACGUGCGUAGAAGACGACCCAUUUUGGAGACUGUUGUGGAAAUCAAGCUGUUCAAAGGGCCUAAAGGUUUAGGCUUCAGUAUUGCAGGAGGUGUGGGGAACCAACACAUUCCUGGAGACAACAGCAUUUAUGUAACUAAAAUUAUAGAUGGAGGAGCUGCACAGAAAGAUGGAAGGUUGCAAGUAGGAGACAGACUACUAAUGGUAAACAAUUACAGCUUAGAAGAAGUAACCCAUGAAGAGGCGGUAGCAAUAUUGAAGAACACGUCAGAUGUAGUUUAUCUAAAAGUUGGCAAAGCCACCACCAUUUAUAUGACUGAUCCUUACGGUCCACCUGAUAUUACUCACUCUUAUUCUCCACCAAUGGGAAACCAUCUUCUCUCUGGCAACAAUGGCACUUUAGAAUACAAAACCUCCCUGCCGCCCAUCUCUCCAGGAAGGUACUCACCAAUUCCAAAGCACAUGCUUGUUGAAGACGAUUAUACCAGGCCUCCGGAACCUGUUUACAGCACUGUGAACAAACUGUGCGAUAAGCCUGCUUCUCCCAGGCACUAUUCCCCUGUUGAGUGUGACAAAAGCUUCCUUCUCUCAGCUCCCUACCCCCACUACCACCUAGGCCUGCUCCCUGACUCUGAGAUGACCAGUCAUUCCCAACACAGCACUACAACCCGGCAGCCUUCAGUGACUCUCCAACGGGCCAUCUCCCUGGAAGGGGAGCCCCGCAAGGUGGUCCUGCACAAAGGCUCCACUGGCCUGGGCUUCAACAUCGUGGGCGGGGAAGAUGGAGAAGGUAUUUUUGUAUCCUUCAUUCUGGCUGGUGGACCAGCAGACCUGAGUGGGGAGCUCCAGAGAGGAGACCAGAUCCUAUCUGUGAAUGGCAUUGACCUUCGUGGAGCAUCCCAUGAACAGGCUGCUGCAGCACUAAAGGGGGCUGGACAGACGGUGACGAUUAUAGCACAAUACCAACCUGAAGAUUACGCUCGAUUUGAGGCCAAAAUCCAUGACCUACGAGAGCAGAUGAUGAACCACAGCAUGAGCUCCGGGUCCGGGUCCCUGCGAACCAAUCAGAAACGCUCUCUCUAUGUCAGAGCCAUGUUUGACUACGACAAGAGCAAGGACAGUGGGCUGCCAAGUCAAGGACUUAGUUUUAAAUAUGGAGACAUUCUCCAUGUUAUCAACGCCUCUGAUGAUGAGUGGUGGCAAGCCAGGAGAGUCACGCUGGAGGGCGACAGUGAGGAGAUGGGGGUCAUCCCCAGCAAGCGGAGGGUGGAAAGAAAGGAACGUGCCCGAUUGAAGACAGUGAAGUUUAAUGCAAAACCUGGAGUGAUUGAUUCAAAAGGGUCAUUCAAUGACAAGCGUAAAAAGAGCUUCAUCUUUUCACGAAAAUUCCCAUUCUACAAGAACAAGGAGCAGAGUGAGCAGGAAACCAGUGAUCCUGAACGAGGGCAAGAAGACUUCAUUCUUUCUUAUGAGCCUGUCACAAGACAGGAAAUAAACUAUACCCGGCCAGUGAUUAUCCUGGGCCCCAUGAAGGAUCGGAUCAAUGACGACUUGAUAUCUGAAUUCCCUGACAAAUUUGGCUCCUGUGUGCCUCAUACUACGAGGCCAAAGCGUGACUACGAGGUGGAUGGCAGAGACUAUCACUUUGUUAUUUCCAGAGAACAAAUGGAGAAAGACAUCCAAGAGCACAAGUUUAUAGAAGCCGGCCAGUACAAUGACAACUUGUAUGGAACCAGUGUGCAGUCUGUGAGAUUUGUAGCAGAAAGGGGCAAACACUGUAUACUUGACGUAUCAGGAAAUGCUAUCAAGCGGUUACAAGUUGCCCAGCUCUAUCCCAUUGCCAUCUUCAUUAAACCCAAGUCUCUGGAACCUCUGAUGGAGAUGAAUAAGCGUUUAACAGAGGAACAAGCCAAGAAAACCUAUGACCGUGCAAUUAAGCUAGAACAAGAAUUUGGAGAAUAUUUUACAGCUAUUGUCCAAGGUGACACCUUAGAAGAUAUCUAUAACCAAUGCAAGCUUGUUAUUGAAGAGCAAUCUGGGCCUUUCAUCUGGAUUCCCUCAAAAGAGAAGUUAUAAAUUAGCCACUGCACCUCCAACAAUGACAGAAGAGCAUUUAGAAGAACAAAAUAUAUAUAAUAUACUACUUGGAGGCUUUUAUGUUUCUGUUGCAUUUAUGUUUUUGCAGUCAAUGUGAAUUCUUAUGAAUGUACAACACAAACUGUGUGAAGCCAUGAAGGAGAAGGAAGGGCCAAAGGGUGGGACAGAAAAGACAUUGCAGUAUGCAGGAAGGUUUUGGUUUGCUCAGAGUGCCAGGGGUAGGGAUGAACCUCUGACGGGCUUUGUGCCCAAGAGAUGGGCAGCCUCCUCACCCAGCAGAUGUCCAGAGCUAAUUUAGCUGCUGAGCUCCCUGUGUUUUUUGCUUUAAAGAAAAGUUGCCAGCACUUGAACUUCACCAACCUUCCCAUUACCCACAUCUGUAAUUGGUACACUUCGAAUUUAUAACUAUGCACCUCCUUUGAUUUCUUAACAAGCAAAAGAAAGAACGAAGGAAAAAAAAAGAAAGGAGUCCCUUUGGAGACGGCAUAAUAUCAGGGAAGGAUAAGUGUGUAGU